AAAACAAAACGUUUUAUACGGUGAAACUAAAAAACCCUAAACCCUGAAACUGGAACAGAACGUGAGCUUAAUCGGAAGGCAUGUCUAACUUGGAAGUUGAUGUUGCCGGAAUCCGCUGCUACGAACUCCGGCUCAUCCGGUGCACCUUUACUCCUUCGCCGGCGAAGGCGUUGAAUCCCGAACCUCAAACCGAAUCCUCAGAUGACUCCAUCAAGGAGCUCUUGUCCUUAAUCGAGUGUGGCAACUAUGCCGAAGCACUCACCUCUCAACCUUGCAAACUUAUCUUCCGACUCGACCAUGACACACUUCCUCAGGAUUCUGCCGAACGAUUCUACUCCGAGUUGGUGGAUCGCGCUGAGUCCUUCAUAACAGACGCCUCCGCUAGUCCUGUCGAACAGGCUCGCAGAGUCACUCUCGUAAUGUGUAUUGCCGUCUCUGCAUUUCUAGGGUUUACUCAAUGUAACUUCACAGGGCCUUUGAAGGGGAAGGAGCUACCGAGAUUUCCUUUACCUCUAGUUGAAUUUGAAUGUUCAGAAUGGGACGUUUGGGCACGCAACUACCUUAUGUCUGAUGGUUCUGAUUUGCUUGGAAAGUUCUCGAAUCUUCAGUAUAUAGUUUUUGCUAAGAUGUUGCUUGUGAGGAUGAAAGAUUUAUCGAUUGAGGUUAUUAGAAUUAGAAGCCUUUCUUGGUGGCUUGGAAGGGUUUUGCUUCUUGAACAGAGAAUUUUAGAUGAACGGUCUUCUUCCCUUUGUGAUCUCUUGCAUGUCUAUAUGGGUGAAGCUUUACAGCAAUUUGGGACUUCAGAACAAGUUCAGAGUUAUUGGGGUGCUGAUUUGCGUGAUGGAGAAAGUUCAACCAUUGUUUCCUUGCUUCAUUUAGAGGCUGGAAUUAUGGAAUAUGCAUAUGGACGAGUUGACCCUUGUAGGACACACUUUGAGUCAGCUGAGAUGGCAGCUGGCCUUCAGCUUUCAGUUACUGGGGUACUUGGUUUCCGUACUGUACAUCAGGUUGAAGCAAAGGCACAAAUGGUACUUGUUACAAGCACAGCUUCGUCAAACAGUGGGGACAACCUCCCCUUAACGGGUACUGGCAUCCAAACAUGCGAUGUCAGCACUGGUGGAAAUAGUUUGCGUCAGCAUCAAGCCUCUGAAACAUCUGACAUACUUGUAAUACCAAAGUUGAUAGAAAACAAUGAUGACUCUAAGACUAGGUCACAAGACAUUGAGAAUGGUGCUUAUGUUACUUCCAACUUGACGGCAGCACAACAGGCUGUAAUUCUAUCAUAUUGCCUUCUAAUUGAGAAGAGUUCUCGACACGAUGAAUUGCAACGAUGGGAUAUGGCUCCUUACAUUGAGGCAAUUGAUUCCCAGCAUUUUUCUUACUUCAUUAUACGGUGCUUCUGUGAUAUCUUGCGUAUUCGAUGGGAGUCGCUGCGUAGUCGAACAAAGGAGCGCGCAUUACUUAUGAUGGAUAACUUGGUGAAACAUAUUUAUGAAUCUUCUCCAGCAAUUGAAGAAAGAAUUCCUUUUAGUUAUGGUGUUUAUAUGGCUAGUAUUCCUGCUUUGAGGAAGGAAUAUGGGGAACUUUUGGUGCGUUGUGGCUUGAUAGGGGAGGCAAUAAAGGAGUUUGAAGAUUUAGAAUUAUGGGACAAUCUUAUACACUGCUACAGUCUCUUGGAGAAGAAAGCAACAGCUGUUGAACUCAUCAGGAAACGUCUUUCAGAAAGACCAAAUGACCCCAGGUUAUGGUGUUCUUUGGGUGAUGUUACCAAUAAUGAUACAUGCUAUGAAAAAGCUUUGGAAGUUUCAAACAACAGGUCUGCAAGAGCUAAGCGCUCUCUGGCCCGCAGUGCAUACAAUAGAGGAGACUAUGAGACGUCUAAAAUUUUAUGGGAGUCUGCAAUGUCAAUGAACUCUAUGUACCCAGAUGGUUGGUUUGCAUAUGGGGCUGCUGCGUUGAAGGCCCGGGAUAUUGAAAAGGCUCUAGAUGCAUUUACUCGUGCUGUUCAGCUCGAUCCCGAAAAUGGGGAAGCUUGGAAUAACAUAGCUUGCUUGCAUUUGAUCAAGAAAAAGAGCAAGGAGGCCUUUAUUGCAUUUAAAGAAGCCUUGAAGUUCAAACGAAACAGCUGGCAACUCUGGGAGAAUUACAGUCAUGUCGCUGUUGACGUUGGUAAUAUCAGUCAGGCACUGGAAGGCGCUCAGAUGGUUUUGGACAUGAGUAAUAAUAAAAGAGUAGAUACAAAUUUAUUGGAAAGAAUCACAAUGGAGGUUGAAAAGCGACUUUCAAUGUGUAAUUUUGUGCCCCCUAUAACAACUGAUAAUAAGCCUAGUACAGAUCAAUUAUGCAUUGUUGAUUCUGGAUCAGAACAUCAAGACCCAGUACCUGGACUAUCCGUUGCUGGAACAUCACGUGAAACUGAGCAAUUAAUGUCGUUGCUAGGAAGAGUUUUACAGCAGAUAGUUAAAAAUGGGAGUGGAUGUGGAGCUGAUAUCUGGGGCUUGUAUGCCAAAUGGCACAGAAUUAAAGGAGAUCUCAUGAUGUGUUCUGAAGCCCUCUUAAAACAAGUUAGAUCACUCCAGGGGUCUGAUACUUGGAAUGACCGAGAUCGUUUCCAAAAGUUUGCAAAAGCAUCUUUGGAACUUUGCAAGGUAUACAUAGAAAUUUCCUCAUCAACUGGCAGUAUCAAGGAAUUGUUUACGGCUGAGAUGCACUUGAAGAACAUCUGUAGACAGGCUCAGAGCUUCUCUGACACAGAAGAAUUCAGGGAUAUUCAAGCUUGUCUCGAUGAAGUCAAAAUUAAACUCCAAUCCAAUUCAAUACCUAGCUAAAAUCUUGUUAAAAUCUUGUUUGCGACUUCAACCAAAGGUUUGAUCUGAAGUCUAUUGAAUCUGAUCCUCCCACUGAACUUGUUGAGGUGUGAGGUUCAACCUGAAGUCUUCAAACUGAGUUCAACUAAAAUUUUGACCUGAAGUCAUCAUAUUGAAAAUGGCUUGGCAACUUCCUGAUUUCCAUCAAGGGACGUCCAAAGGUUGCUUUCAAAAUGUAUGUGGCGUUGUAUCUAUACUGUUUGUGUUGUAUGUGCCAUAGCUCUGCUCACCUCGAUGCCUCGGCGUGCCAAGAUUAGACUGUAUUUUAGCGAUUUUAUUUGGUCAACUCAUUUAAAAUUAUCGUGUAACCAUUUUUUUAUAAAAAAAUUAAGGUUAAAUUAACUAUAUUUUGCAGUGUACAUUAUUAUGGAUAUAUUUCCUUCAAUGAUAAAACUCAUAAAUGGUCAUGUAACUAAA